CUCGGCGCACGAUCAGUCUUUUUUUCGACCCCGUGCUUGCCGGACGUGAGCGUGCGGUAGAGCAAGAUUCAGAACGUAAGAUUCUCGUAGCAGCAAGAAGAAACUCAAACAGUGAAAGUGUGCCGAGCCGACGGAGACACAAUACGCUAUAUGACUUUCUCGGAUAAUUUAAGUAGUAUAAAAGUAAAACAUGGAGGGCCUGCCACGAGCGUUGAACUACGAACUGUCGCAUGAUAUACAUUUCGACCACUACGCUGGAACGGCGGCUCACCAGAUUCUGAACAGUGUCAAACAGUCAUAUGGGGCCGAGGAAUCAACACCCACAAUCACCACUCUGGACGCCCUGGCCAAAAGUGAUUUCCUGAAGCACAUUGGAGCUACGAUUAUUAACUCCAUUCAGCUAAAGCAUCAUCAAAAGUUUAACGAAGCUACUUCCCCCCCAAGAAACUCCAGUGAUGCGGCUAUGGACUUUGACGUGGCCUUCCUGGACGGAAGCACUGUGGAUCAGCUGCAGCAGCAGCUGGAAUACGACAAGUUCAUGAACGAGUUGUGGAUGGGUAUCGUUUUCACACUGAUCCUCAUAUCGUUGGUCUUUUGCAUCUGCUCGUGCUUUCUUUACCAUCAGUUUCGGACCUGGAAACGCAACAAUCGCAGUAAUCCGAAUAAUUCCACACAGUGCACAAUUGUUGAUAUCGAAGCAUUGAAGCUGCAUCCGGAUGCAGCUGAUCCUGUGCCGGAAUAUACAUUGGUAUCGGGCUUACCUAGCUACGAAGCGGCUUUGGAGCUUUUGCACAAAGCACCACAAUCAUCAUUCUUGCUUGUCUAUCCCAGCGUUUAUAAUGUAUUUAAUAAGAACGAAAGAGCUAUCUCCGACUCAACAGCAACAUCCGCAUCAGCAACAGGCCAACAAGCAAUAAGAAUUGAAAACGGUGCAGCUGAAAAUAUAGCAACUCCACAAACAGUUCCGUUUAGUGAGAUAACAAUGCCCCUCCUACCACUUAGCACCACUCCAUCAGCGACAUCAAUGGAUGCAUCAAUAAUAGCACCGGCUAUAGCCACUCCCACGACCACAUUUCAAGAGAUUAAGAAGAACUAUGUAAUGAUGCCGGUUGUUACCAGUUAUGCGGAAGUCGAAGAGAAAAAUAAAUUAAAAACAAAAGACAACCUGUGCAAAGACUUUAAGCUAUAAAGGCGGAUGUAUGAUUCGUUCUUAUGUAUAUCAAAUUAACUGAGCUCUGUGAUAGUUUCAAUCAUUAAAUUGAUAUCGAUGGGCCUCACCAACCACCUAUGUACAUAGGUACAUAAGUUUUAACAAAGCGCUGUGAUUAUAAAAAAGACGUUACUGCAAAACGUGUUGCUGAAAAAUAUUAGCCAGUCAUUUAGUUUAAUGAAAAUUGUUCUUAAAAAGUUUUAUUUUCGUACUUAAAAUA